CAGAAACGGAGAGGAGGUAAAGAGAUAAAAAGGAGUGCCGAAUCCUGCACUGCUCCCGUCGAUAAGGUAGACAUUAAAUGGCGACUUCCAUGGAGAUCUUGGCCUCUUCGUUGCUCCAAAGGACUCCUCUCCUUCCUUCUUCGAGGUCGCCGCUGCUUCGAGGAGGCGAACAGAGCAGGCUAUUCCUCUCCCCGGCUUGCUUCCCUCUGAAGAAGAGGAGUAGCGCGGCCGGGAGAGUAGUGCGAGCUCCGGUGUCUGCAGCGAUACUUACGGAGAGGUUCGUGAGGGUUGAGACGGAAGAGAGGCCCGUGAGGUUUAAGGUACGUGCGGCGGUAACGGUGAGGAGGAAGAAGAAGGAGGAUCUUAUGGCCACGGUCGCCAACCAGCUCGAUGCUUUCUCCGAUAGGAUCGGAAGGAAUGUGGUGUUGGAGCUCGUCAGCGCCGAGAUCGAUUUGAGAACGAGGAAGCCCAAGGCCAGUAACAGCGCGGCGCUGAGGGGAUGGUUCGAGAAGAAGAAGGCCAAGGCGGAGCGGGUGGUUUACACGGCGGAGUUCACGGUGGACUCUAGCUUCGGCGAGCCCGGAGCGAUCACGGUGCUCAACCGGCAUCAGAGGGAGUUCUUCUUGGAGAGCAUCGUCGUCGAGGGCUUCGCCUGCGGCCCCGUCCACUUCCCCUGCAAUUCUUGGGUCCAGCCCACCAGAAUCCACCCCCACAAGAGGGUCUUCUUCAGCAACAAGCCUUAUCUGCCAUCACAGACGCCGCCAGGGCUGCGGGAGCUGAGGCAGCAGGAGCUGAAGGAGCUGAGGGGGGAUGGCAAGGGCGAGAGGAAGCUCACCGACAGAAUCUACGAUUACGACACGUACAACGACUUGGGCAACCCCGACAGAGGGAUCGAUUUUGUCAGGCCAACCCUUGGAGGCGAGCAGAUGCCUUACCCGAGGAGAUUGAGGACAGGGAGACCCCCAACGAUCACAGAUAGGCACGUCGAGAGCAGGGUGGAGGAUCCGCUGCCCAUGUACGUGCCCCGUGAUGAGCGGUUCGAGGAGGGCAAGCAGGCGAUGCUAACAGCUGGGGCUCAAAAGGCAGUGCUCCACAACCUCGUGCCUCUGCUUGUCGCUUCCUUCUCCCCGGAGAGCCAUGACUUCAAGGCCUUCCAUGAGGUGGACAACCUCUUCAAGGAAGGCCUUCGCUUGAAACAGACCUUGCAGGAUCAGCUCUUCCACAAGAUCCCACUCGUUUCCAAGAUUGAAGAGUCCACCGAGGGCCACCUCCGAUACGAUACGCCCCACAUCAUCACAAAGGACAAGUUCGCAUGGCUGCGCGACGACGAGUUCGCCCGUCAAGUUGUAGCAGGCAUCAACCCUGUCAACAUAGAAAGGCUUCAGGUGUUUCCUCCUGUGAGUAAGCUAGACCCCGCUAUCUAUGGUCCACCUGAAUCCGCCAUCAAAGAAGAACACAUCAUCAGCCAUCUUAAUGGCAUGUCUCUGCAACAGGCAGUGGAGGCGAACAAGCUAUUCAUGUUAGACUUCCAUGAUGUGUACCUCCCUUUCCUUGAUCGGAUCAAUGCGCAAGAUGGGCGAAAAGCCUACGGCACCCGCACUAUCUUCUUGCUCACGGAGUCGGGAACUCUUAAGCCGAUCGCCAUCGAGCUGAGUCUGCCGCCCGUGAGACCCGGCGACGCUCGGGCGAAGCGUGUCCUUACCCCGCCAACCGAUGCUACAAGCAAUUGGCUGUGGCAGCUCGCCAAGGCACACGUCUGCUCCAACGACGCCGGCGUUCACCAGCUCGUCAAUCAUUGGUUGAAGACACACGCGUGCAUAGAGCCAUUCAUAUUGGCAGCUCAUCGACAACUGAGUGCGAUGCAUCCCAUCUUCAAGCUACUGAAGCCCCACAUGAGAUACACAUUGGAGGUGAAUGCCCUGGCUCGCCAAAUCCUCAUCAAUGGCGGCGGAGUGAUCGAGUCCGGCUUCACUCCUGGUCCUGUUUGCAUGGAGAUCAGUGCGGCCGCGUACCGCAACCAUUGGCGCUUCGAUCAGGAAGGACUCCCUGCUGAUCUCAUCAGAAGAGGCAUGGCGGUGGAGGAUCCGACGCAACCGCAUGGCCUGAGGCUCGUCAUCGAAGACUACCCGUACGCGACCGAUGGCCUCCUCCUCUGGUCGGCGAUCCAGUCGUGGGUCGAGACCUACGUCGCCGCCUACUACCCGGACGACGAGUCUAUCCAGUCCGACUACGAGCUCCAGAGCUGGUACGCUGAGGCCGUCAAUGUCGGCCACGCUGACAAGCGCUACGCACCGUGGUGGCCGCGCCUGUCGAGUCCUGCCGCGUUAAGCUCCUUCCUCACCACCCUCAUCUGGCUCAGCUCGGCCCAGCACGCGGCCCUCAACUUCGGCCAGUACCCGCUCGGGGGCUACAUCCCGAACCGGCCGCCGGUACUACGCCGGCUCAUCCCGGUGGAGGGCGACCCGGAGUACGAGCACUUCCGGUCUGACCCGGCCAAGUUCUUCUUGUCCGCGCUGCCAAACCUGACUCAGGCGACGACGUUCAUGACGGUGAUCGACACGCUGUCGACGCACUCGGUGGACGAGGAGUACCUGGGGGAGCGACCGGACCCUUACACGUGGACCGGGGACGGCGAGAUGGUGGAGGCGUUCCACGAAUUCGCGUCGGAGGUCAGGCGGGCCGAGUCGGAGAUCGCGAGGCGGAACGCCGACCCGGCGAGGCGGAAUCGGUGCGGCGCCGGGGUCUUGCCGUACGAGUUGAUGGCUCCGAGUUCUGGACCCGGGAUCACGUGCCGAGGGGUUCCCAAUAGUGUCACCAUUUGAUCCACGGGCUGGUGGUACACAUUUCACCAAAAGGUAAAUAUGAGAGGGUUCUCUCCAAAGAGAUGAGGCAUUGGAACACUCUGUACUCAAUGUAAAUAGUUGACAUAGAUAUAGUGGAUGUAAAAGGUAUGGACCAGUGGAUAGCCAUAUUUGCCCUCCAUUUAUGGUAGGAAACAUGUUGCAAAAUAUUGAUUAUAUGAAUUUUGAAAUAAUUAAAAAUUGGGUGAAUGAAGCCUCAUAGUCAAA